AACUGCAAAUUAGUUAAUUGUGAUUCCAAUAAAGAACCAGCUUUUUUGUGUUAAGGAUAUUUAGGGAAUAUUUAUGUAUUCAAUUUCAUGAAACCUUAACCACUAUUUUGCAAUCAUUUUAUGUCUUCAAAUCGUGUCAGACUUUCUGUGUUUCGAAAUCUUCCUGUGUUUUGAAUAUAAUAUGCAACCUCCUAAUAUUACAUGAAUAAUGUAAAGUGUGAUAUUGAAAAAUUAAUUAAUAUCCCUCGUCACAUAACUUCUAUUUUCACCUAUGCCAAUCAAAGUGUUAAAAUAUUAGAACAAAAUGCACAACGUAAUAUUAAAUAAAUUCAUAUCUAAUCAAAUAAAUUCAUGAAAUAAUGUGGCCAUGACAAAAGUCAAAGUUAUGGCCAUCGUGAUACUUCUUGCUGGUCGAUGAUCAUUCAAGUCACGUAAUAUAGGUUUGCUGCAGUUACGAAACGAUAAGCAAUAACCACCGAAACGAAAUCGUUUCGUGGUGGCUUCGUAUUCACGGUGUUGGGCGCCAUUUCAUAAACGUGUGUCUGCAUAUAAAGACGAAUGAAAGACACGGGCAAAGAGCAGUCAAAAUUUUCCAAGCGGACUUAACGGUGUUGACCAGCAAGAAUGAGGAACACGCUGACCCUCGUGCUUCUCUGUAUCGGACUAGCAACAUCAGAUUUAUCGCCAUAUAAACCAAGGGGAUGGCGUCCUAAUGGUCAACGCUUUAAUCCCACCAACAAUCGAUUGCAUGCGUAUUACGGGCCCCCUGGAUUACCAGCCUAUGAACCUCCAAGCUCGACAAGCCACCCCCCAAUUUUCACCACUACACCACCACCAACAACGACGACGACAACCAUGAAAACCACAACUACCCCGCGGACCAGAGAACCAACCACACCAUCGAGCAUCCCCGAAGAAGACUUCGAGUCGAAUCCAGCAUUGGCAAUUGCCAAUUCUUUCGCCUUCAAUCGACCGGUAUAUAUUUACAACACAUUUCCAUUCGCACCUGGACAAAUAUUAUUGUAAUGAUUAGAUCAUAGUUUAGUGAUGUUACUCAGGAAAUGGAUCAUUGCUGUUCAUAUGUAAAGGAUAUAUAAUUAAAAUUACCCUUAUCAGAAACGGUGAAGUUGUUCCUGGUUGUUAUAAGU